UACUGUUAAUGGCCUAGUGAUCAAAUGGAACCAAGUUGAUCCAACUAAACAUAAGAAAAAAGAUUGUUAAUUUCAUUGACUUGGCAUGUGAUAUAGUUCUGAUUGUUAUAGGCUUGUGUUCGGUCCACUUCUCGUUAAUUUACAUUCAAGAUCUCAGUCUGAUGCGAUGUCUUCUCAACCUAAACCAGUAGAAUUGGAGCUUGCUUCAGACAAGAAAACUUCUCAACCUAAGGCUGUUAAACCAAAAGAAUUGGAGCAUGCUUUAGACAACAAAACUUCUCAACCUGAGGCUCUUAAACCAAUAGAGUUGGAGCUUGCUAUAGACAAGAAAAAUAACCAAGUUCUAUAUGCAGAGUCAAAAAAGGAUUUUGUUGAUGUUUUGCUCAGCUUUCUUACAUUGCCAAUGGGAACAAUUAUAAGACUAGCUGAUAAGAAAUCAGGAAUUGGAUGUAUGGAUGAAUUGUAUAAGAGUGUACAGGCCUUUGAUGAAGAAUGUUUUCCAGCAAAAACUAGCAAGACCAUGUUACUUAAUCCAAGAAGCGCUUGUGGAUUAAUGUACAAUAAGUUAGCCGUAAAGGUUGAUGAAACAGAUUAUACAAUACUCUACGUUUGUAGAACAUCUCCAUGCUUGAACAGCUCUCUUGGAUUGGUCAGUUUGGUCAAGAAUUCAAUCUGUGCUUGUGGAAAAGCCAUGGACAAGAAGAUUUACCUGCAGAGAAAAGGUGAGGAUACUGGUAGGGGUUUCACCAAUGAUGAAAUUGAUAGGUAUAUUAUACGUGACGAUUUGCUGGUAUUACCAGCAUCAGUAGAUCACACUCUUUCAUGGCUUCGAAGAAAAGGAAUAAAAGAUAGCACUGAAGUCAAGAUGGAGAUAGUCAAGGUUGGUCUUGAGGAUGUUUUGCAUCUGCUUCAACGUUCCAUGAUCUCCACCACACCCCUGACAGAUGUGUUUAAGCUCAAGGAUAACAAUAACAUUUUGUCCAACUCAUUAAGCAUUCCUUAUCACUGUCGAACGGUUAUUAAUGAUUCCAUUUCCAAGGAGAUGGAAGUGAAACUAUGGUUCAACAAAUCCUCAAAGGAAAUACUAUGUGUUGAAGCAGAAGGAGCAGAUUUCGUUGAUUUCUUGUUCACCUUUCUCACCUUUCCUUUAGGUGCCAUCAUAAAAAUGUUUGAGGGGCAUUCUUCCAUGGGAAGUGUGGAUCAGUUGUAUGAGAGUGCACAUAAUUUCAGUGACAUGCAAAUAAUUUCGACAGAAUGCACGGAAAUGCUGCUUAGUCCAAAGCUUGAACGCAUGUUUGGUUGCAGUAACCAACUGCUCCAAAUAGAGGAGAAGACUACUCCAGCAGUGUUUGAUCAUAAGAACUGUUCUUGUUCUCAUCAGGAAAAAUACUGCCUGCAUUUAGAAGUUGAACUCAAGCUAAUGAAUCCCAAAAGACCUGGCGAGACAACAACUGGUGGUUGUUUCAUCAAAGGACGUCGUCGGCUGUUGGUCACCGACAAGCUUGAAAUUAAACGCUUAUCAACUGUCUCCGAUAUACACAAGCUUGGAAAUACUCCCUUAGAUGACAUGGAAUCCACGUAUGUUAGAGUUGGAGAAGAAGAGGCUCUAAAUCUUCUUCAAGCCUCUCUCAUCUCCAAAAGUGUUCUCAGCCAUGCUUUCAGCGCCAGAGUGAUCAACAGAUCAGAGGGAUCGAAUUACUACUAAACAACAGAAAUCUUGUUUUAAAAAGUAAUAAAUUUCUUUUUAAAAAAAAAAAGAAAGGAAAAGAAAAUUUGCGAAUGGGAUUUUAGUACAGGACAUCCUGCCAUAAUAUAAUUA